UUUGGGGUUAUUGUCUGCAGAAUUCCUCCUGCUCACACACCAUGAGCCUUCCCAAAGUGCUUAAAAAAUCCCUGGGAAUGGCUCUGGGAAGUGCUGGUGGAGCUCUGCCCUCCUGGAAUCUCCUGGAAUUUCCUGGAAUCUCCUGGAAUCUCCUGGAAUCUCCUGGAAUUGAAACCAUGAUUUGCUCACCUGCACCAUGAGCUUUCCCCAGACCUGCUGCUGCCUUUAUUUCCAUUUUUAUUUUAGGGCUGGGAGCUGUUUUUGUGUCUCCCCAAGUUUCCUUUGCUCAGUGCCACUUCCCAAGGCACUUUUUGGGGCUGUCCCCUCCGUGUGACAGCGGGGCUGCUGUCACCGUGCCAGUUCAGGAUGGUUUUGCUGUGUGGCUGUGACAUCCUUCCUUUCCUCUGGGCCUUUGUUCCUGUGUGGGGGCCUGACAAGGUUUUUUUUUAUUCAGCCCAUCUGCAGAAGUCAUCAGGCUGCAGAUGCUUUACCAGAGGCUGCUGCAACAAAUGGAGGCGAAAGAUUAUUGGAGAUUAUUUGGUGUUGAGUCAAAGCACAGGAAAUCUGCCAGAAGACCUCGAAGGAGGGGGUUUAGGACAGGCCUAACCCCCUUAAUCCCGCCUUUGCUCCCUUCCCAGGGCGUGCAGAGGGAUCCUUUUGGAGCACAGAGGGUGAAUAUUUGGAUUUAUUGUGCCACUUCCUAAACUCCUCCGUGCCAGCCCUGCUCUCACAUUCCCAGGAAAAGCCGAGCCCUCGGGCCCUGCAGUCCCACGGAUCACAGCGAGGACAAAUCAGCGGAGAAAUCCCAAAGCCCGGCUUUGGUGGAUAAGCUGAAGGCUUUACAAAGCCCAGCCUGCAGCAGCAGCAGGAGGCUCAGCUUUGCUGGGAGCUGUGCAGCCAAAGCCUGGCAGCUCCUGAGCUCCGAGGGUCACCCGUAGGCGUCGGAGAAGAUCUCAAGACAAUAAUAGUUGUCUAUUUUUGCUCCCUCAUUACAAAGCAGAGCUGCCCUCUGCCUCUAGCAACUAUUUUUUUCUUCCUGCUCACAUGGUGCAGGAGGGGAAAGGCUCUCUCCACCUCAUUCCCUUUUCCAGUGAGGCCUUUUCCUUUCUCCACGGGCUCUUAGGAGGGAGAAGAACCUCCACAAAAGGAUGUUUUGCAGCGCUGUGUUUGUAAUCAUUGAUGUUUUCAUCCUGGAGGAAAAGCUCGGGAGGGUUUUUGUGCUGGUGGAGAGCUGUGAGAGGAGGAGAGUGGGGCCUUUUGAGGAAAUUUAAAAAGUUGGAAUGCUGUUUACAAACUGAGAUCGUUUCAUCCUCAGUCAGGAGCAGGACAGGGGGUUCUUGGACCACUUCUCAUCCCUGUUGGUGCCAAGGGAAGGGCUCAGGAAAGGCUUCAGCUGCUCCUGCCCCGGCUGCUGGAGAAGGAAAAACCUUUUCCCCACGUUUGGUGGUGCUCAGACAAAGAGAAGUGCUCAGCUCACCUGUGCUGGUUUUAAUUUUACAUCUUGUGUGAUGGGGUUUUUUAAUAUUCUGCUUUUUCCUGGGGAAACAAGAGGUUUUUGGUGUAUCCUUCUGCUGAGCAACAAGGUACUAAAGUUAGGUGAGAGUUCCAGGAGACACAACAUUGUCUCCUGGUACACCUUGCACUUUGCCAGGUAACAGCAAAAUUCUCUCCUGGACUCUGAAAGGGCAAAACCCACCUGUGAUCCCAUUGCUUUGAGCAAGGUUGUUUUCUGGCCUUCCCUUUGGAUAUAACCUGCAGGAAAACUCCAUAUUCUCCAUUCUCUGAGGUUUUGCUGCAGGGUCUCCAUCAUUCCCUGGAGAUGAAUAUUUAACAAAGAGGAAUAUUCAUUGUGUUUUACACAGCAAAACCCACCCAUGAACCAUUCCAGAGUACUCUCUGCUCCUGUUUUGUGACAGCCAGGGAAUCAGCGAGGCCUCUCCACCCUUUGAAUGUUUCCUAGACAAGACUUUUCCAAGCUGGGGAUGCUCUGUGUGUCCUCGGGGUGAUGGACAGAAUCGUGACACGCCUGAAGCUGCAAGUGCCAGAAACAUCAGGAGGAACUUCAUCAAAACUUCACUCCAGCACAGCCUGUGACUCUGGAAGAUCCUUCCAGCUGGAAAACUGCAGGCUCUGAGCAGCGUGAACUCUUAACUUUGGGAAACACUCCUCAGAAGGAGUUAGCUCAUCUCUGGGAAAGCUCUCUGCUAUGGACAGUGCCAUCACCCUGUGGCAGUUCCUCCUCCAGCUGCUCCAAGAGCCCCAGAACAAGAAUAUCAUCUGCUGGACCUCCAACGACGGGGAAUUCAAGCUGCUGCAGGCAGAGGAGGUGGCCAGGCUCUGGGGGAUCCGCAAGAACAAGCCCAGCAUGAACUAUGAUAAACUCAGCCGGGCGCUGCGCUACUACUACGUGAAGAAUAUCAUUAAGAAGGUGAACGGGAAGAAGUUUGUGUACAAAUUCGUGUCGUACCCAGAGAUCCUGAACAUGGAUCCUCUCGUGGUGGGCCGGAUGGAGGGGGACCCUGAAAUGCCCGGCUUUGGGGAGGUGGCCAGCGCUCCCAAGGACGUGGAAAACUGUGGGAAGGAGAAAUCCCAGUCCUGUGCUAAAUCCUCCAGCCGGAACGAUUACAUCCACUCAGGCCUGUACUCCUCCUUCACCCUCAACUCCCUCAACUCCUCCAGCGUGAAGCUCUUCAGGUCCAUCAAGAUCGAGAACCCGGCCGAGAAGCUGACGGAGAAGAAACCUCAGGAUCCCACCCCUUCUGUCAUCAAAUUUGUCACCAUGCCCUCCAAAAAGCCUCCUCCCUCCGCCCCCCUGGUCACCAGCGCUUCGGCGGUGGCCGUCACUUCCACGGCUUCUGCCACCCCCACCGUGUCCUCCUCGCUUCCCCUGGGCUCUGAGGAGACUCUGCAGACCCUGGAGACGCUGGUCCUGCCCAAGCUGAGCGUCCCUGAAGCUCCUCCAGCACCUUUGGCAAACCUGAGCAGCAGCUUCACCCCGACCCCCCCCAUGGCCUCGGUUUCUCCCGGCCUGCAGGUGCCCUCCACGCCCCCCUCGCCGCCCCUCAGCUCCAACCCCGAGCUGGACAUUGACACGGACAUCGAAUCUGUGGCUUCCCAGCAGCUGGAGCAGGCCCAGAGCCUCCAGCACCAAUCCCCAGAGCCCAAAGAGCAGCAGGAUUCAGCUGUGCUGGAGAAGGAAUUCGCCAAUCACCUCUCCAGGUCGAAAAAACCCAAAGGGCUGGAGCUGGCUCCCACUCUGGUCAUCACAGGCAGCGAUCCCAGUCCUCUGGGCAUCCUGAGUCCUUCCCUCCCAACUGCUUCUCUUACUCCAGCACUUUUCUCUCAGACUCCCAUCCUGCUGACUCCCAGCCCUCUGCUCUCCAGCAUCCACUUCUGGAGCACCCUGAGCCCCGUGGCUCCUCUCAGCCCUGCCAGGUUACAAGGUGCUAACACCCUCUUCCAGUUUCCAUCAGUGCUGAACAGUCAUGGCCCAUUUACGCUGUCUGGACUGGAUGGACCCUCCACCCCUGGCCCUUUUUCCCCAGAUCUCCAGAAGACAUAGCACAUGGAAUUCCUGGAAAAGGACAAGCAAGGCAAAGAUAGGACACUUCUCUUCAACCACCUUUUGUUUUUAUUUUAAAAAAAAAAAAACCUGAGCAGUUUGUAAUUCCACAGAGAUUCCCAGCAGUCGUAGUUGUUGCCAUUCCCCAAUGAAAAAAAAUGAAAAAUGCCUUUUUUUUGGCAAAAAAUUCCCCCUUUUUUUUAUUUUUUUGGAAGAACCCAGGUUGGGAAUGUAUAUGCAAACGCCUUAAUAGGAGCUGCAGCUCCAAUUUCUUCUCCUCCUCAGUUUGGAAGAUUUUCCCCCCCUUAUCCAAAAGGAAUUUUGGGUGGUGUUGCAGCAACUGAUUCUGCACUGACUGCAGCAAACAGCACCAGAGGAGGAUUUUCUCUGUGACUCUUGGAAAAACAAAAACUAAAAACCCCUCUGUUCUUCUGCUUCCUGUGGCUGGGCAAGGAGAACCCUGAAUCCUGAUGGAAGCUGGCAUUCCAGGAAAUGCUUGGGAAUGGGGUGUGUGUGCUCUCAGCUCUGCCCCCUGAACUCUGCAGCAACAAAAUCAGCCAGGGCUUUUUCUGCUGGCCUUGUUUUUUCUUCUUGUGGUUGUUUUUUUUUUUUGUUGUUGUUGUUGUUUUUUGCAGAUGGAAGUUUUUAUUCAAGGAUUUAUUCCAAGUUUGUGACCAGGACAUUUCUGUGGAGGGGUGGUGUGGCCCAACAGCCCCUUGGGAGAAGAGAUGGGGCUGGAUUUGUUUUGGAUGCUUCCCUGCCCUUCUUCCCUUUCCAUGGAUGGUUGGAUGAGCUCCCUUCACUUCUCACAGAGUUUGAAUGCUGGAGUCCAAACAUUUCUUGUGCCAGAGACCUGUCCCAGAGCCUGGGAGCUCCCUGCUGGAUGAGCAGGAUGGGGGGAAUUUUCCCUGCUUUUUUGGGGGGAUUUUCCUGGGUUUUUGGGGCAUUUUCCUGGGUUUUUGGGGGAUUUUCCUGGGUUUUUGGGGGAUUUUCCCUGUGGUUUUUGGGGGAGGUUGCUGCCUGAGCUGGAAUCCCCAGUGGGGUGAGAACAGCAACAUGCCAGCGUUAAUGUUGCUCCUCUCUCCCCACAGUUCUGGAAAAGCUUCCUGCUUUUCCCCACGUGGAAAAGCUCCUCUUUUGCCAGCUCUUACCCCAAAUUUGUCAGUGGAGCUGUUGGUUUUUGUUUUUUGGGGGCUGACCCCACAGCAGCCCCGGGGGUUCCACGGGAUUCAGCCUGGUGGGAAAUCUGCUUUCACCUCCUUGCUGUGCUGGGUGAAUAAUGCAGGAUUGUUUUCCAGAGCCACUGGAGGUGAGAUGGGAUUUGUAGGUGGAUUUUUUACACCUCAGGAGGCCUUUUAAGAAAACUGAGGGGUGAAAAAAGGAGAGAUUCUCCUCUCUCAGCCCCUCACUUGGGCUGGGUCGGGCUCUGGGUCUGUGUCCCACCAAUUUGGGCAUCUGAAGCCCGGCAGCAACUUCUGGGUUUGAGUUGGGGGUGUCAGAGGAUCUUCUCCUUAAAAAUAUUCCCAGAAAACAGAUGGAGACAUCUCUUUUUCCUUCAGCAUCCUCACAGCUGCCAGAGCAGAGGAAGAUUUUUCCCUCUCCAGCACGAGGAGCUGACAGUGUUUGCUGUAAAUACUGCACCUAUUCCAUGGAUCCCUGGUGAACUCCAGCUUUUCCAGAGGUUUUGUUUUAUUCCUUUUGCAGGCUUGGAGAAUUCCCUUUAAAGCCACAACACCCAAGACUUUUCCUGCAGUGAUGUUCCCUUUUCUAUGAUACAGAAAAACCACUUUUAUUCUUUUUUUUUUUGUGUGUGUGUAUGUUCCUGAUGUGACACCUGGGACAGGUGGGUGGAACAGUCACUUUUUUUUGGGCAUUGUUCACCUGCCCAGGGGAAAAGUGGGAGAAGAAAAAUAUUCCUUUUUCAGGUGGAGAAGCAGGGAGUGAGCUCAUGGAGUGACCUGUCUUCCUGUUGGCUCCCACCAGAGGCAAAAAAUUGCUUCACUUUUAGACAUCAGCAGAUGCAGGAGGAAAUUCCUGCGCCAGCAGCUCUUAAAAUGUGCAAUAUUGACCUUAUUUUUUAUUUUUGUAAUUUUAUUUUUUGAAAUGCAGAAGAGGGAGCUGCAGGUGAUGGUGAAGAGCAAGCAUCUGGAAUUAUUAUUAUUUUUUUUUUAAUUAUUAUUUUUGGUUUGCAUGUUUGGAGCCUGCUCUGGGAAAUUUCUUGUAAUAAAUAGCAGCACUUUGGUUGGUUCAGGUCAGCCAAUUUUAUGCCUACCAAAAUCCGUGGUCUUUUUUUUGAGACAGUGAUGUUUGCAGGCUGGCAUUGGAAUUGAAAAUUCAUGAAUGAGCACUAAAAACUUGCAAUUUAAUUGCUUCCCUUCCCCCCCUUGUUCCCCCGUGGAGAAAAGCCAAGUUUAGCUGUUGAAAAUUUGUGCACUUAAUCCUUUGUGAGCUUUUAUUGCUUUGGGCAGAGGGUCAGGCCCUAAAAAAAUGCUAUUUCUCAGCUCCUGCUCCUCUCCAGGAAGCUUCCCCAGACGGUUCUGCCACAGAAUUCCAGGUUUUCCUUUGGGAAUGCCGAGUUCCUGUGGAAUGCAGCCUGGAUUAUUGGGGUGGUUUCCACCCUGUGAAAUCCAGCAGGCAGAGCAGGAAUGGGUUCACUUUGGCUUCUUAAGGGAGAAAAAAUCCGAGUCCACAUGGGAUGAUAAACUCAGGAAGCAGCUGGGAAAGCUGAUGGAAAAGGGAGAGGAGCUGGGAGAGGAGCAGCUUUUGCUGCUUUUUCUCCACUGCAACUUUCAGGUGACUUAAGGGAAUAUUUCCUUGUGUGCUGCCUGAUCAGCCACAUUCACUGACAGGGAACUUCCAGCUUUUCCUGGGAUCACAUUCCUGCCAGAGCCUCCCCCUGGGGCUCAUGGAUCAUGCUGGAUCUUUAGGUCACUUCAGGAGCCCUUUCAGCUCCUCACAAUUUCAUUUUAAUUUAGCCUAAGCCAGGUGGGGUUAGAGUAGAUUCCGUUUUAUUUCCGUACCGUGGUGAUUUAAAUAAAAAAUAUAUAAAAAAAUAAUAAUAAUAAAUAAAAAAAAAUAAUGCAGCAUUACAGAAACUUUUUUUUUUUUUUUUAAAUUUUCCUGAGGUUCCUCUUGCUGGUUUUGUGGAAUGCUUGGUAAUUUUUGAUCAGCUCGUUCCUUGGGUGCCAAGGAAACAUUUGGUGUAGAACAAAAAGGGUUUGGCAGAAGACAAAACAAGAACCCAGCGUCCUCCCCAGGUCCUGGGGAUGGGAAUUGAAUCCCUGCUGUCUGCAUUUCCAUGGAACCCAAGGCACUGGCAGGAUUUAGGGUUUGGUUUUGUUAAUUUUCCAUGGGGAGCUGCUGUCUGGGAUCUCUUUUGGAUCCUGGAUUUUCAGCUUUCCUGGGAAAAAGAGGAAUUUUGGUGGUUUUUAGCAGCAGCUUUAUGUUUAGAGCUUUGUUUCAGACCUGUCCUCAGCAGGGGAUGCAAUUCCUGUGCCCUGAUUUUGGCACACUCAAGCUUUGUUUUGCGAUAGGUCAGGAAGGGAUAAAAUUCCUGGAGUUGGACAAUUCCUUCUUUUCACUUGGAGCAUCCCAAGGCUUCAGAAUCCGUGCAACCUUUGGGAUAAUGGGAGAACAGAAAGGCUUUCCUUGGGACAAUUCCUCCCUCUGAUGCAUUUUCAAGCCUCAGCCAUCCCACAAAUAGAUUAUUUUGGGUUUCUGGCGUUCAUUUUGAGGUGCAAAUCUCCCUUCUCCAGCUUCCCCCAGCCCAGGGAGCCGCAUCCCUGGGGGAUUCCCUGGGAAUUCCAGCUGGGAUGGGAUCCAGGAGCCCUCAUCCCCUCCAGCUGAUCUGAAACUCCCAUGCUUUACUCAUUUAUCCUGUAAUUACCUAUUUUUGCUGCUGUUUACUGGCAGUUUUUGAUGUGCUCUGCAGUUUCACCUCUCCCAUUUUUAAGGCAGGUUUGUCUCCAGCCCAUCUCAGUGUUGUACCCACUCAACCUCAGCAGCAGGUCAGGGAAUGUUGGUAAAAUCCACAGGUGUUUAAAAACUUCUUGGAGUUUUGGGAUUUUAUUCCUGCCUUUGUGCCAGGAACGAGCAGGAAUCAGGAGAAUUUGUUUUUCUGUUGGAUCACAGGUGGGCAGGGCUCUGUUUCUCCCUGGAUAUUCCAAUAUUUCCCCGUUGGAACAGCUAGAUAUCUGCUUCCUAUAAAUUAUUUUGGAACAAAACCACCUAAAACUGGCAAGAAUUGAAUUUUCAUUCCUCUUCCCAAAUUAUUUUGUUUCCUUCCUCAGCUCUGUGUGAGAAAUGCAAUCUGGAUUUGGAAGAGUAGAAAUGAGGGAAAAAAAAAAAGAGACUUUUUGGUCUCUGAGGUGAUGGAGUGGGGUUGUUUUAUCCUAAAAAUCACAGUGGGGUGUUUGGAGCAGCCCCAAAAUCCCUGAGGAUUCACUCAGGACCUCUCCAGGACGUUUGGGGAGGCUUGAGCUGCCUAAGCUCGUUUAUGGUUUGAUUUGGAGUUAAUUAAGCAGCAAUUAGCAGUGGCUGUUGGGUGUGAGGGAUCCAGGCUGGAGCUGCUGGAAUCAGAGCUGGCAGAGGGAGAUUUUGGGAUAAAAUACAGGGAGAGUUUCCUGCAGCUCUCCAGGGUGUCCCUUUGCCUUGGGGGAUGCUUAUUCCAAGGUUUUAGGGCUGAGAAGUUGAUUUGGAAUAAUAAAGCUGGUGGGGAGGAAAAAAAAAGGAGGAAAAUUGUAGGGAAACACAGGAAUUGUGUUCCCUAAAAGAGAUCAGAGCAGCUGGAAUUCAUCUGGGGGUGAAUCCUGGGAAUCAGCACACAUCCAGCUGCUCCAGCUCCCCUGGGCUGGGCAGAUUUUUGUGUCUUAAAUCAAUUUAAAUCAAUUUUUAGCUGCUCCAGCUCCUCAUCCAGCCCUGGUUCCACGUGCCUGUGUUGUCCUGGUUGUUCCUGGGGUGUUUUUGGGCAUGGAAUUCCUCUGGGAGGGGGAGAUUCUGCCUGGGGAGGUGGGAGGUGGCUCUGGGCAGAGAGAAAAGGUUGGAUUUUGGGUUUGGUGUCAGUAAAUCCCAAAAUGAGGGAUUUUAUUCCUGCCUUUGUGUCAGGAACGAGCAGGAAUCAGGAGAAUUUGUUUUUCUGUUGGAUCACAGGUGGGCAGGGCCCUGUUUCUCCCUGGAUAUUCCAAUAUUUCCCCAUUGGAACAGCUAGAUAUCUGCUUCCUAUAAAUUAUUUUGGAACAAAACCACCCUAAAACUGGCAAGAAUUGAAUUUUCAUUCCACUUCCCAAAGAAAGCAGCACAUUUUGCUCAUGGAGCUUUUCCAGGUCCCUAAUGAGAAGCACAGAGCUGAAAAAUUGUGAUUUAUUUUUUUUUUUUAAUUUUUAUUUUUAGAUUCCUCAGUGUUUAAGAGUGGCUGGAACUGCUCUGGGCAGAGAGCACACGUGGAUCACUCCUGGCAGGAUGUGCUCCCAAAAAUCCACAUAAAUAUCCCCAUCCUCCCUCUCUGAGCAGAUUCUGCACUGUGCAGCCACCACUUUGAAAUAUUUUGCACUCCUUUUGGAGGGUUUUUUGGGGCUUUUUCUUCUCUUUUAGCACUCAAAUCAAUCCUGUCCCUGCUUGGACCCGUGAGUUGCCAAAGGUUAUUUUUGUGAUGCUGUUGGAUGCCGCAUCUCCUGGGAAAAAAUGCAUUUUAAAUGUGUUUUUGAGUAGUUUUGUGUGCAUGGAACAAAAGUUUGGGCUGGAUUUUAAAAGAUUUCUCUGCUGAGGUUGUGCUGCAGGAGGUUUUCAUCUCAAAGCAGGGCUGGGGGAAUCCUGAGCCUUUGGAAAACAGGGAUGUGAGUGGAGAGAGGCUGGGCUUGAUUCCAGAGCCCAUUUCAGCAGUGCUGUACCAAUAACUGGAAGCUGUCGUUGUUUAUUUGGAUUUUUAUUUCAUUUUCUUUCCUUUUGGCUUAUUUUUCUGUGUUUUUUAGAACAAGGGGAGGCUCUGAGGGUGGUCUGUGCAUGGUUCCUGGAGUGUGUUGGGGUGGGGGGUUCUGAUAUUCCAAUCCCUGGCUUUGCUUUCAGCUCCUUGGGAUGAAUUUUGGGAUUGUUUAUUUUUAUUUUUAUUUUUUAUUUUUUCCUAGCAUGUCCUAACCCCCUCCAAGCUUUGAAACCGCUUCCUAGAAUUGUGUUGAUUUCUUUUUUAUUUGUUUGUUGUUGUUCUGCUGUUGUUCAGUUGCACAGAGUUGGUUUUUUUUUUCUAUAUAAAAUAUACUUUUUGGAACGUUUCAUUCUCUGUGAACAGGGUUGAGAUUUAUCCUUUGUAGCUUUGAAAAAAGAUCCCAAAAUUCCCUUUUCCAACUCGUUUUGUAGCCUGUUGCAGUGUUACCAGAUGGCCUUAUGUACGUCACAGUGCUUUGUGAUGGGUACAGUAGCACAUUUAAUGCUUAUUCCCCUCUGUUUUUAGAGCUGAGAAGUUGAUUUGGAAUAACAAAUCAAAAAAAAAAAAAGGGAAAAAUUCCAGGGAAACACAGAGGUCGUGUCCCCUAAAGGAGAUCAGAGCAGCUGGAAUUCAUCUGGGGGUGAAUCCUGGGAAUCAGCACACAUCCAGCUGCUCCAGCUUCCCCUGGGCUGGGCAGAUUUUUGUGUUUGGGAGGGAUUUAAAUCAAUUUAAAUCAAUUUAAAUCGAGUUUUAGCCGCUCCAGCUCCCCAUCCAGCCCUGGUGCCGCGUGCCUGUGUUGUCCUGUCCAUUCCUGGAGUGCACAUCCGAUGUGGGAAGGUGAUUUGGGGGUGGAUUCCUGGCUGGAAUUUUCAGGCUGAGCUGGGUUCUUGGCAGGUUUUAUUUUUUGGGAGCUGAUCCCUCCCUCUGGAACUCUGGGCUGGAGUUUUUCCUUCCCUGUUUUCCCUCCCUCGGGGUUUUCAGAACAACCAGUGGUGAAAACUCCCCUGAAAGCAGCAAAAAGGGGGAACAUUUCCAGCGAAAGAACCAUUUCCAGUGGCUCUUUCCAGAACAGAGUUGCAUUUUUCUUUUCUCUAUAAAUAUAUAUAUAUAUAUAUAUAUAUACAUAUAUAUAUAUAUAGUACAAAUUCAAGAGGCAAAGUUUUGUUGUAGUGAGUGUCUGAAACUUCCUACACUGGAGACUUUUCUGGACAAGACAAGUGUAAAAGUCACCCCUUGUUCCAGCUGGGUGACCCUGCCUGGGACAGAAUUGCUUCUCAGUCUGACUUUUUAUUUUUAAAUACCUUAUUAGAGUUAUCUUAAUGCCAUUGUGUUUAAAAAAAUAAUAAUAAAAAAUAAUAAAAAAAAAAAUGCUGGUAUGUAAUGCAAGUACAUAAAUAGCCAAAGUUUUCAGUAAUUGUUCAGUGUUAAUAAAUUUUGCUUUUAUUUAACCUUCCGAGAUAACAUUUAGGAAGACCUUCAGUGUGUAAAUCAUCCUGAAAAUUCAAAGUCUGAGCAACUGGAUUAGGGCAGGGAUGGAGUUUUUUGAGCACAUUUCAGGUUUGAAUACGAUUGGGAGGUAAAGUUUUUUUAAGAUGCUGAAACUUCCUUUGCACUGUCCUGACACUUCAAAGUGACAAAUGCUGCUUUGGCAGUGGCUCUUUGGGAAUUGUUAUUCAAACAUCAUGAAGGUCUUUCCUGAGAAAUCAGGUGACUUUUUUCUAUUGCUUCGAUUUUUUUGUGCAAAAAAAAAAAAAAAAAGGAAAAAAAAAUAAAAAUAAAAAUCAAUGUAUUGCAAUCUUUUUUUUUUUAAAAAAAAAAUGGGGUGGGAAUAGUUAAAGAAAACUAUUUUAUGUAAGAACUGACAGAGGGAUUUUGCUUUGUAUAAUGCAAGCUGGCUUUAAAAAAAAAAAAAAGCAUUGUAGCAAAUUAUUCAAGUCAAUCAUAUGUUAAUAGUUAUGUGCAACCAGACAUGCAAAACAAUUGUAUUUUUUUAAAUAAAUAUUUUUAACAAAGUU